AUGCCUCCAGCAAUUAAUAAGGGCUUUAAGCCGGACACUGUCAUUGUAGAAAGUGGCUUCCGGCCCAUAAUGCGCAAUGAUGAAAACGCCGUGCAACUGCCAGCAGAGCUUAUAAAGCAAGUUGCGCAUCGGCGUGAGGACCCAGGCAGUGAAAUCGAUGAGGUCAUGGAGACAGACACGCUCUUCCUAACAGCUCAACAAGGCGGCAGUGAGACGCAGAGCUUUGAGCCAAUGUUUAUACCAUCCCCGUUGGAUAGCACCAAUGCGUCUUUAUCACUGCCACUAACUCCAGCAGCAGCAGCAGCAGCAGCGGUUGUAACCGAAUCCGCUCUACCACUGCGUUUGCCCUCAACAGCCUUAAAGCACACACUGCCAUCGGCAGCUGAGUUGCGCAAGCCGUCGCUGCAGGAACUGUUUGGAGAAGAUAUGGAGGAUGAUAUAGGCUUAGAUUCAACGGAGCUAAAAUCAGCUGCAGUAGUUGAGAGUCAGCCAACACCAAAUGUCGCUAUUAAACAACCAAACACUACUGGGCUUGCGCUGGAGAAUAUGGAGGAUGCGGACUAUGAAGAUAUAGCUAACCUAUUUGGCUUUGAAGAGGAUGAUCACCAGCCGUCGGGAUCAGACAACCUUGCUGAUGAUCUCGAUGCUGAUCCAGAUGAUAAGAUGGCACAAGCAGCAGAACGCAUUGAUACCUAUUAUUUGCCACCGGAUAAUUGUAAAUCGCCGCAUGCCACCAAACCCAGUGCUGCUGUGUUCGCCUAUGAUGGCACCUCCGUCAUGGACAGCACUUUAGUUGUGCCUCAUGCAGCACGCGAUACUGAGCAACUUCAGCCCCCACACAUUGGUCUCUCACCAUUGGAAAAGCUCAUUCGUACCACACCGCAAUUUGUCGCCUAUCGUGGCGAGCUACCAGAAGAUUUCUCCUCAAGUCCGCAGCCAAACUUGCAAGCCUUUUCGAAACAUUCAACAAUUUACUCCAGCUUAGGGUCAUCGGCACUGCCAGUUACCGCUAGCACAUUAGAUUUGUCAUCAUCGUCAUCAUUACCAUCGUCAUUGAGGCCCAUUUCAACUAAGUUACACUUGCUCAAGCCAGGCAGCAACGACAAUAACACGUAG